UCCCGAAUAUGAUUGUAGCUCGACGGCCUAUACUACGGAUAGGCGAUGCGGUAAGAUGGACAGCGCAGCGAACUGGCCAAGGCACGCCGAAGCCAUGGACAUGCCCGCAUUGUACCUGCAGAGCCCCCGCAAGCAGAAACGGCCGAAGCACUGGAGCUCGCAUCAAUGCCGGAACGGAUUGGAGACGACCAUUUUCGAACACAGUACGAUUACGGCAGGAUGAGAAGAAGGCAGCUCCGUCAAAGUCGGACACAAUAUCAAUACCGCCAUCACAACCCUCACAAGCAGAAGAUGCUACGCCAGACUCCAUACCAUCAAGUCCUCAACCGGCCAUCGUUCAACCCUCGAAGACACCAGCUGAGAAAUCAGACUCCCUGCCUUCGGUCUCGGAAUCGAAACGUUCUCCAUUCUCCAGACGAACCUCGAAAAUUCUCGACGAACUCCUCGUCAAAGCCUCUGAAGCCUCAAAAUACAUCAACGCCCACACAGGCACAGACUACUCAGGCAUAGAAGCUUUGCGCCAGGAAAUUGUGCAACAGGAAGAAAAGGUAAGGACAUACUAUGUCCGUGUGGAAGAAAAGCGAAACGCACAUUCCGAAGCACAUCGGAAACAAUCCGCAGCGCAAAGAGAAAUUGUCGCCUUACUGGAACGAAAGAGUAGUUGGACUCCAGGGGAUUUGGAGAGGUAUAUGUCCCUAGUGAGGAGCGAGCAUUUAAAUGAACAGGAUGUCAUGAAUGCGAAAGAGGAUUUGAGUACUGCGGAGAAGGAGUUGGAGGAUAGUAGGUUAUUACUAGAGAGACUUCGGGGAAAGCAGUACCACGAAGAGCAGAUCUGGAGUGAUACGAUUAGGAGAAAUGGCACCUGGAUCACAUUCGGGCUGAUGGGUGUGAAUAUUCUUCUGUUGCUCGCGCAGAUUGCCAUUUUUGAGCCUUAUCGUAGGAAGAAGAUUACGAGGAAUGUUGAGGCUGGUGUGGAAGCUAGAGUUGAGGCUUUACUUGAUAGAAAGCUUGGUGGACUUUCUGUGAAACCCGAGACGGAGAGGCAGAUCGAUCAGGUCGUGGUUUCGAAAGAAGUGGUGCCGGAGGAAUCGCAGCAACCAUUGAACGCUAUCCUACCUGCGACCGGCAAUGAUGCAGCGGGCAACCCACCGAUUGCUGCCGCGGAAAUUUUACCCCCAGAGGCUUCGAAAUUUGCUGGCGCUGUACCAGAGGCGCCCUCGAAGCAGGAAAUUGAGCCUCCGAAACAGUAUAUCACGGAUGCAGCACGAGAAGUCGUGAAAGGAUCCUGGGAGUCCUACGAUGAAUAUCUCCGGGAUCUCUGGAGUGAGCGCAUCGUCCAGAUGCGUAAGGUCGAUGUGACCAAUACUGCUCUGCAAGGCGCAGCCACUGGUGUUGCGAUCAUGGGCAUACUCUUCAUCCUCUUCCGGCCACAGUAAGGAUUGCCUCGAGCAGCGCUGCUGAGCCUCGACCCAUUUUGCCGAUGGUCUGGUGGGCAAAAUGUAUAUAAAAUCCUGAAAGCAUCAGAAACUCGACCAGGGCAGAGCUCAUUGAAACUCUCCAAAUUCUCCGUCGUCAAAUCCCAACUCUUGAGCCGUCUUGCCAUGCGUAUCAGCAGGCGUCGCAAAGGCAUCUACCUUUCCUGCUGCUGCAGCGGGUGGUGGCGGCGGCGCAAUAGAAAACAACGCAGCACCAUCAUUCUCUUGCUGUCCACCAUUUGCUUCUUCCACUUGCUUCCCUUGCCCCCUCCUCCCAAUGUUAACAUGAAUC